GAAAAAAGAAAAAUAGCUUACACAGGUCGUGUGUUUUGUGCAAAUGAUGCAAUAUAUUCUGUUUCGAGCUUAACUGGCGCGAACACAAUGAACACUUGUAUUUUAAAAUUUCGCCAGCAAUAACUUUCUGGAAGUUUUCCUCUUUGGCAGCCAUAUUUUAAUAUCUGCCAAAGCAUUUACGUAAACGGCCAUUCUAUUGGUCAAUCGAUUCCCACACAACCAGUCAGCGUUUAGGUUAUCUACUUUAUAUCACAGCUAAACAAGACCUCGCAUGAUUGGCUGUUCGAUAUUAUCCGCCCAAUGAAAUUUGCUUAUGCUGAAUCGUUAUUUUGGCGCAAAGAAACAAUUCGUCUGCAACCACACAAAAAGUACAAAAAAAUGGCGAAAAACGUGCAAAAAAACGAGAAGUUUGCGGUGAUGAGAUGGUUAACUGACGGAAACAGGAUAUCUGUACACAACUUGAAGUAUGUUACUGAGCCAAAACUGCCAAAAGAAGAGUACAAACCUGGAAUGUGUGGGCUUUCUGUUUUCGUUGGGUUUCCAGGCCUUUGGAAAUUCCGCAUAUUGAACGUGGGAGGCAAAAAGGAAAUGACAGAAUGGUUAAAGAGUGAAAUCCUGCCUUUAACUGCAGAUCCCACGGACAAAUUUUGUGAACUUGAAGAGAUAAGACAUCCUGAUCUUUAUGAAGAAGGAAAACAAUCGCUGGAAGGCAAUGCAGAAAAAUCUGAAGUGCCUCUGAGGCGCUCCCCACGGAAAUCUGUGACAUCUGAUGUGACUCCUAAGAAAAGACAUCUGGAAAGGUCAGAGGGUUCACCAAUCGUGCCUCACUCAGCAAGGAAAGUUUUGAAGCUUGAAGGGACUCCAGGAAGCAGCCAGUAUUUAAGCAGUAGGGUUGGUUCAAACAGAAAAGAUGCAUCUGGAAAUAAAAUAAAACGACUGGAGGAAGAUGUUCGUAGCCUUCGAAGAAAAUUAGGGAAACUCGAGGAUAGGGUCUCAGAGUUGGAUAAGGAUAAAGCAUCUAACUCUAAGACAGAACAAGUGGUGGAAAAAGCGGACAGGACGGGGCAGUUGGCAAAGAAGAAAGAGGGACAGGGAAGUGUGUCAAAAAAGGAGGCUGAUUCGAUACUUGAAACUAAGCCGUGCCAGGCAAUCUGUGAACAAGAUGUUGAAACCAUUGUAGGCAAGGCUAUCGGGGAUCAGAACAAAUUCAAAAAUUUAUGUUUAUACAAGUUCACUCAGGAAGAAUUGGUGUCUUGCACCUUAACAGGGAAGCGAACUAUCAAAUGUAUGGACAAUGUGAAACCCCAACUUGACAAGGAUAAGUCGAACGAUUUGUUACUGGAUAUAAGGUUCGAAGCUUUGUAA